UGUUGCAGAGCAGCGCCGCAUUAAAUUGGCAGCUUUCAGUAAGGAGUCUUGUACGGAGUUCGGAGGCAACUUCGGUCUUCGUGUUUGGAGCAGAGCAGACAGAUCAGAGGGACAUUCUGGACCACGAUGAACACAUGAAGUAGUUUUACUUUAUAAAGAAAAGGUUUGCCUCUAAUAAUCCAGCUGACGGUCUCAACUUGUGAUUUUAGUUUUCAGAUUAUUUCCAGGAUGAUUUGUGGAUAAAGAGUGAAACGUGUUGCUUACAGCUGCAGCCAUGGAGUUAUUCAAGCAGCAGAAUGUGGAGGAUUUCUAUGAGAUUGGAGAAGAACUGGGCAGGUAUUCAUGCAAUAUUCAACAGUUGUCGUCUAUUGAAUCCUGCAUGAUGAUCUUGUGUCAGCCUGUUUACAUUGAAAGGAAGUCAGAGACAUGGAGAGUCCAAACGGGAAUGGGAUUUUUACUUCACCAAAAUGCAAUACCAAAGAGCGCCACCAGGGGGCAGAAUUUAGCUGCAGAAAAGAUGCUCUUUGUCAGAACGUCAACAGUUUACAUGAUUAGAAGAAAGGUUCUGCAGCCGGUUCCGGUUCAAAUGAAGCCAUGUCAGGUCCUGGUUCUGGUCCAGUUGAACCAGAACACGGUCCAGUUGAAGCUGUGUUCUGGUUCUGGUUUCAGGGUAUCUGGCGGUGAGCUCUUUGACUUCCUGGCCCAGAAGGAGUCUCUAAUUGAGGAGGAGGCCACUCAGUUCAUCCAGCAGAUCCUGGAAGGAGUGAACUACCUCCACACCAGGAAGAUCGCCCACUUUGACCUGAAGCCGGAAAACAUAAUGCUGCUGGAUAAGAACGUGGCGCUGCCCAGGAUCAAGCUCAUUGACUUCGGCCUCGCCCACACCAUCGAAGCCGGGGUCGAGUUCAAGAACAUCUUGGGAACGCCGGAGUUUGUAGCUCCAGAGAUCGUGAACUACGAGCCGUUGGGGCUGGAGGCGGACAUGUGGAGCGUCGGAGUGAUCACCUACAUCCUGCUGAGCGGGGCGUCUCCGUUCCUGGGGGAGACCAAGCAGGACACUCUGGGGAACAUCUCCGCUGUCAACUACGAGUUUGAUGAGGAGUUCUUCGGUCACACCAGCCACUUGGCCAAGAAGUUCAUCAGCCAGCUGCUGGAGAAAGACAAGAGGAAGAGAUUAACAAUUCAGGAUGCUCUCAACCACCCGUGGAUUAAGUCCAACGAGCUCAGAGAGGAGAAUAAAACCCAAGAGCCAAAGAAACGGGAACGCCGCCAGCUGAAGACCAAACGUCUGAGAGAAUACACCAUCAAGUGCCACUCCAGCAUGCCACCCAACAACACCUAUGUGAACUUUGAGCGCUUUGCUCAGGUGGUGGAGGACAUUGACCAGAUGGAGGGCUCGUUCUUCAGCCUGGCGGCGGCCCACGACUCCCUGCAGGAGGACAUCGACGCCUUGGUCUCUAUAUACAACGAGAAGGAGGCCUGGUACAAGGAGGAGAGCGAGGCCGUGCGGCACGAGCUCUCCCAGAUCCGCUACGAGUUCCGGAAGGUGGAGGCGUCCAAGAGGAGCCUGCAGGACGACAUGCAGUCCUUCAGCCGCGGCCUGGCCGCCGUCAGCGAGCGCUUCCAGGAGAGGCAGGGCCACUUCGACGCCCUGCAGCUGGAGCUCAGCAACGAGCUGAAGUGGGUGCAGGAGGCGGUGGGCUCCCUCCCAGCAGACGGAGGAGGUGGAGGCUAUCCCAACUGCAGCUUCACCACCGUCUUCAACAACGACGUGAACGAAGCUCUUAAGGAGCUGCUCAGCCGCUCCUGUGGAGGAGAACUGCUGUCCGGAAUCAACCUGGACCUCACUGAGACCGGGCAGCAGCGCUAAAAACACAGGUCCGGGUCCAGGAGGAGGAGUGGGAGGAAGUCCGGGUCCGGGAGGAGGUGUGAGUCCAGAGUCCUUCCUUCUUUCUUUUCUUCCUUCCUUAUUAUUUUUUAUUGAAUAAUGGACUCAGUGGACCCAGCUGUGUGAAGCUGGGUCUGAUUUUGGGUGGAACCUUCAGUGGAACAUGUGGGACCUCUGAUGAUGUGACGCACUUCGGCCUCAUGCUGAGGUUGUGACAUCAUCACUCUCUUGCCGCUCUGCAGCACUCUGGUCCAUCACUGCAGCACUUGUAAUCCUGCCUCGCCUCUACUUUCACUAAUGACCUCACUAAGAGGCUGCGGCCCGCUGGGCCUUCCUCAGAACUUCUGGGAAUCAGAACCACAGAUCCAAACAGGAUAGCAGACUGUUGGCUAGGCUCAUUCCCAGGAACCCAGCAGGAAAUGUUAUGGUCUAGUUAAAGUGUUCAGCAGAAGGAGAACUUUGUGGUUUCCAUCAGUUACUGCAGGAAAACAUGUCCAAACUUCAACAGGAGCUUCUGUCUCCUUUAAAGAAGAGAGAAAAUCUUCCUAAUGACACGGUGGAGGCUCCUUAAGGUCAGAUUCGAGGAGCAUGUAGCCAUGAUGCUAACAAACACUCAGUCAGCUAACGCUAACAAUCACUGUCAGCUGAAACCUCCAUAAUACUGACUUAAUCCAUUACUGCAGCAGAAGAAGCAUGCUAAGGUUGUGACCUGAACUGGAACAGCUGCAGAAUAACAGAGUUUAAACUUAGCAAUGCUGCUGCCAGUCACACGUCAAUGAGCCGUGUUGUUCCUCUAUUCUGGAGGACCGAUUGGGUCCGGAAGCCACUGCAGCAGUAGAAGAAGAAGAAGAGGAAGAAGAAGAAGAAGAAGAGAUGAUGGAAACAGAAACAGUUACGCUGCUUUCCACUCAGUCAGAGAAAAUGAAACCCCAAAAAUAGCAAGAUGAGCUGCAGAGAUACGGUCGGAAAUGUUUCUGAGGCCAGGCUUCUCUGCGUCUGGGCCGGCCUGAUAACCACUGGAGCGUCUCCUCGUUGCGUCCGCCGGGACUCGACCCGUUUGGGUUGCAUUGUGCUGCUCUGAAUGAGCUUCAGAAAUACAGCUGGCUUAAAGUUUUCACUCCCCUCAUUCACAUUUCAACCACAAACUUCAAGAUCUUUCAUUAGGAUUAGAUGACAGACCAAAACAAAGUAAAACAGUUCAUGACUUACGACAAAUAAAAGUCUGAAAGCAACACAUGGUGGUGGCAGCAUUAUGCUGUGGGGAUCAGCAGGCUGUGCGAUUAUGGGAUGGUUUAAAUCUGAGUAAAUUCAUCCUUUGCUUCCCAAUAAGAUCUUCAGUCUGUUAGAGUUAAAUCUGUUGCAAUCAGCAAUUAACCAAUCAGGUGAUAAAUUAAAAUGAACUCUGAUGGCUGAUAUUAUUAAAUAGUUUUGGUUGUGUGUGGUUUUUAUUUCCAUUUUA